AUGCCGCCGCCCCCAAUGAUGCUGGAUGUGGAUGAUGUGGAGGACUCGGUGUGCAUGACCUGGUCCAUCGACGAAAGCGGCACCAUGCGGCACCGGAAGACUGGCACCAAGGUCUCAACCAAGGAAGGCAUUACGUUUGAAGGAAUGGAAUAUAGACUGUCGCCAGAGGAUAUUGAGCUGGAAGCCGACUCACACUUGGGAGCAGGGGCUUGUGGUGUAGUCUUGAAGGGGGUCAUCAAACAGACCGGCAUUCCAGUGGCCGUCAAGACCGUCAAGGUCGAUGACAAGGCCAAACGUGAGCAGCUGUUGAAUGAGAUUCGUGGACUUGUGGCGGCUGAGGGGUGUGUGAACCUCGUUCAUUGGUACGCAGGUUUUCUGUCCAAACGGACCAGCGUGGUGCAUGUGGCGCUGGAGUACAUGGAUCUCGGGAGCCUUGCCGAGCUCAAGAAGCGCUUAGGAGGGUAUGGUGUGCCGCCAGAGUACCUGUCCAACAUCACAGCGCAAAUCAUGAACGGCCUGAACUAUCUACACAAGAAGAAGAUGCUGCACAGAGACAUCAAGCCCGAGAAUAUCCUUCACAACCGUCAAGGGGAGGUCAAGCUCACCGACUUUGGGAUCGCAAAGGAUCUAGACAAGACCAUUGCUAUGGCUGGCACCUUCGUGGGCACCGUCACGUACAUGUCCCCUGAGAGGUGCUUAGGCAAUGAUUAUUCCUUUGCAUCAGAUAUUUGGAGCGUGGGGAUGGUCAUUUUCGAGCUCAGCACGGGAAGAUAUCCAUUUGCGGACAUCGUUUCUUUUCCAGUGCUUUUCGAGCACCUUUGCGACAAGCCUGAGCCCAGGCUCGACCCAGAGUACUUCCCCGCGGAGUUGGUGGAGUUUGACGCCUAUUGCUUGACGCGAGAUGUGUCAAGACGCCCUGAGUGUGAGCGUCUUCGCGCAGAGCUCCGGGAUCGGCGGCGUGAGGAGUCUCGCCUCUCUUCACGUUUGGACCAGCUUGAGAGCUCGGUGUUCGAGCGGAUGCAGUUGCUGCAGAGUGUGCUGCCCCAAACCUCACGGGCAGAUGGGCAUGAUGAGCAGCAGUCAGAGACCCAAUCAAGGCGGUCGGAGGCUGCAACUGCAAAGCAGCAGUCAGAGACCCACUCGAGGCAAAGCGAAGAGGGCCGCCUUGCUGCAUUCCAGCGGAACGUUGACCGCUUGAUGGACGGCCGGGAACACCAACCUGCCAGAUCUGGAGGGGAAGAGACCAAGGGCAGUACGCCCAGCGGCACCAACGCCAAGAGCCAUUUCCGCCAUGUGCUUGGCCCUCGGCGCAAUGAGGCGAAAGCGCAGGCAGCCUGUGGUUCUCAGUCAUGGCGUCAGAACAUUGAUGCUUUGAAAGAAUCCGAGAGAGCCAUUCGCCGGCGGACGAAUGCUGUGGAAAGUGGCAAGAAGCAUGCAGGCCUAGGAGGUGACUUGCUCUCCGAAAGUGAGGUCAGUGAACUGAGAGAGGAGUUGCAAAAGAUGGAGAAUCAAUGCCGGCAGGAGGAGAGCAGACUUUCAGCAGCGGCUGAAGAGGCGGAGCAUGGCCGAAAAGAUGCAGGUUACUUUCAAUCCGAAGGCAAUGGCGAGCUGAGAGAGGAGCAAAGACCUUCAGGUGAAGAGGAGAGAAGCAGUACCUCAGAGAGCUUAGCGGAGGCGCGUCGCUUGGCCGAUUUCUGGAAAAAGCGGGCGGAGGAGGCUGAAUACAGGGCUUGGUCCAUGGCGGAGGCUAUGAACGAGUUGGCCCUGGUUGCGGACGAACGAUAUGUGGAGGCCUUGGAGAAGCAGCUGCUAUUGAAGCAACAGCUCACCAGUGCCGAGCAUCGCUGUGAGGCCUUCUUGGAAGUUUGGGAGUCGGUCGUCGAGAUGUCGGGCCCCGUCCAGAAAGAGGCGUGUGUGAAUCAACAGCAGCCCAAUGUCAGGAAUUUUCACCAAGUCAACAAUGGUUACUGA